UUGGUUAAAACUAUAAAUUCUUUAUCUAUCUUUGUAAAAUUUAAUAUAAGUAAAAUUUUGUAUAUAAUUUUAUAAAAUUGUUAGAUCGCUAAAAUAAAUUUCUAACAAAAUCCGGAAUGAUAAUAUUUCAAUUUCAUAUUGAAUAUGUUCCAAUCUUUAUGUCAAUUCUUAUUACAGGGCUAACAUUCUUCGAAUGUCAAUCCUACUUGAGAAAUAUGGAAAAAUACAUGUAUACAUUACAAGCAAUGCCCAACGUUUCCGUCAACGAAGGCUCCACAGCCACAUUAACAUGCACUAUAAUCUCUAAAAUGAGUCAACGCGGAUUCAAAUCCUCUAAUAUUCAGAAUUUGAGGGUUUAUUUUACUAUAAAUGAAUCCCGAACACAAAUGUCCUGUAUUAAAAAAUAGGAUAAAAAAGCGGACAAAGAUACAACAUUUAUGCUGAUCGCUUGGCUGAAGGUGGAUACGCAAACAAUCUUGUCCUUCCAACAUAAAUUGAUAAGCAAGGAUAAAAGAUUAAAAAUAUACAGUUUAAAUGAUUGGAAGACAUGGAUGUUAACCAUCGGCUCAGUGACUAAAAAAGAUAAAGGCCAUUAUAUGUGUCAAUUGAACUCCAAUCCCCCUAUUAAAACUUUAACUUAUUUAACUGUUUUAUCUUCUCCUAAGAUAAUUGUCAAUCGAACCUCUAACGAUAUAGUAACCAAAGAAUUUGGCGAUCCUAUGCUAACAUGUAAAGCUAGCGGACACCCAGAACCAAUCAUUAGUUGGGCGCGACUAAUUGAUAACCCUGUCACAUUGCACCAUGAUAAGUAUACGAGGAACGGAAGUGCUCCAAUAUUUUCUAGUACUUAUUUGGAAAGAAAACUUGUUAUGCUAGAACACAGAGAUGACCGGUUAACCCUACGUAAUAUAACCAGGAAUGAAGCCGGCAUAUAUGUAUGCUUGGCUGAGAAUGGGAUCAUGCCGAGUGUUAGUAGACAAAUUCACGUCCAUGUUACAUUUGCGCCUCAAUUCAUUCAUCACUUAGUUAACGGUUAUAUUAAAUCGUUUAACCCAUUCCCCGUUGGGACGAACGUUAAUAUAACUUGCUUGUUUAAAGGGUUUCCUAUACCUUUAGUCGCGUGGCAUAAGGAUAAAUCAAAAAUCAAACAUUUGGAUUCAUCCCAAAACGCGAAGAAAUCAUUUAGAAUUUUAAAUAGGCACGUUUCAUUUGAUUUGAUAGAAUCAAUCUUAUCAUUACAAUCGGCUCAAUACUAUGAUUCUGGAAGGUACAAGUGCAUAGCCAAGAAUGUACAUGGGAAAAAUAGAUUUUUAAUCCAGAUCAGAAGUUAUUUAACGUCCGAGAAAGAUACAACCCAAACACAAGGCCCUCAAAACAUUAAACUGAUUAUAAAAUCUACAAGCAAAUCUACAAGCAAAUCUACAAGCAAAUCUACAAGCAAAUCUACUUUCACCAUAAUAGGCAAUCAUAUCAUUACUGACAAUAACCAAAUUUUAGCUGAUAAUCCAGUUUAUCCCUCACAAAAAUAUCGAAUCUUAAAAAUUAAUCAUAGCGAUAUUUCUAAUAGAUUUGAAAAAUCUUUGGCAUCUUCGUCAUCAAAUAGUGUUUCAAGUUGCAAACCCAAUCAUAUCCUAAUGCUUUAUUCGUUAACCUUGGUCUUUAACAUUAAACAAUUAUUAGCAAAACUCUUCGCCAUAUCUAUAACAAAAUAAAUAACGCCCUGACUCUCAAAAUUUUAGAUGAAGA